CACCAUGAACGGCAUACCUGAAGACUCCGCGCCAUCGAGCGCCCCAUUGCGACAGCCCAAGAAGAGAUUUGUCGGUCGCCGGACAGCAGACGCCCAAGCACAGAAGGAUGCGUCCACCGCACAAAAUGUCGAGACGACCAGUAUACAAAAGGCCACCCCCCGCCGCACCCCCCGCACCCUAAACCAAGUCCCCCCGGAAAUCCUCGAAGACCCCGAAAUCCUCGCCGCCAUCGAACUCCUCCCACGCAACUACUCCUUCGAGAUCCCCAAAACAAUCCACCGCAUCCGCACCUCCGGCGCCAAACGCGUGGCUCUCCAAUUCCCCGAAGGCCUUCUCAUCUUCGCCACCACCAUCUCCGACAUCCUGACCCAAUUCUGCCCGGGCAUCGAAACCCUCAUCAUGGGCGACGUGACCUACGGCGCCUGCUGCAUCGACGACUACACAGCGCGCGCACUGGGGUGCGACCUCCUCGUCCACUACGCCCACAGCUGCCUGAUCCCGGUAGACGUCACCAAGAUCAAAACCCUCUACAUCUUCGUCGACAUCAGCAUCGACACAACCCACCUAAUCGCCACCCUCGAACGCAACUUCCAACCCGGAAAAACAAUCGCCACUGUCGGCACCAUCCAAUUCAACGCUACUCUUCACGGUCUGAAACCCGUUCUCGAGCGUGCAGGCUUCAAGGUCCUCAUCCCGCAGAUCAUGCCUCUCUCCAAGGGAGAAAUCCUAGGAUGUACAUCCCCGACCCUCUCCGCUGACGAAGUCGACAUCCUUCUCUACCUCGGCGACGGCCGCUUCCAUCUCGAGUCCGCGAUGAUCCAUAACCCGGCUAUUCCGGCGUAUCGGUAUGAUCCGUAUUCGAGGACGUUGUCCAGGGAGACGUAUGUUCAUGAUGAGAUGCACACGCUGCGCCGGGAUGCGAUCAAUACGGCGAAGUCGGCGAAGAAAUGGGGGAUUAUUCUGGGGUCGUUGGGUCGGCAGGGCAAUCCGAAUACGAUGGCGAUGAUUGAGAGGCAUUUGAAUGAGAGGGGCAUUCCGUUCGUGAAUCUCCUCCUGAGUGAGAUUUUCCCCGGGAAGUUGGCGUCCAUGGCGGAUGUGGAGUGCUGGGUGCAGAUUGCUUGUCCGCGGUUGAGUAUUGAUUGGGGAUAUGCGUUUGCGAGACCGCUGUUGACGCCGUAUGAGGCGUUGAUUGCGUUGGGGGUGAGGGAGGGGUGGGAGACGGAGAAUAACGGAGUGUAUCCGAUGGACUUUUAUGCGAAGGAGGGGCUGGGGAGGACGAAGCCGAGUCAGGCGAUUGCGGCGUGAGGUUUAUGAUGAUGUCAAGUGAUGUUUUUGCAUGAUGCAUAUGAAUGACUAUAGAUGUGAUUUAGGUUUGUCUGGGAUACAAAAGCUC